GUGCUCACACUUCGUUUAAGCGGGUAUCAAACGUUAGCUAGUCGUUUCCUCAGCAGGUAGCCAUUCGCAUUUUGAAACAUUCCUAUGUAUUAAGUUAUCAACGGUGGGUUCGGGUGCAAGGACAGAUAAGGGCGAAGGGGACGAAAUGAACAGUCGACUGCAGGAAAUUCGAGAGCGACAAAAACUUCGGCGGCAUCUUCUAGCUCAACAGCUGGGAGCUGAGAGUGCAGACAGCAUUGGGGCUGUGUUGAACAGUAAAGAUGAGCUCAAAGAGAUAGAAGAGACUAGAGAAACAUGCAGGGCGUCGUUGGAUAAAUCUGCCCCACCCUCAAAAAAGAAGGCACUGACAGAGGGUGAUGACACGGAGGAAGAUGUAGAGGAACAAAAAGAUGAGUUGGAGGUGCAGCAGCCAGAGGAAAGCAACCCAUACGAGGAAGUCUACAAGGACUCAAGUACUUUCCUCAAGGGUACACAGAGUUUGAAUCCUCACAACGAUUACUGCCAACACUUUGUGGACACGGGUCACAGGCCACAGAACUUCAUUCGAGAUGUUGGCUUGGCUGACCGAUUUGAGGAGUACCCCAAACUACGAGAGCUGAUCCGACUGAAGGAUGAACUUAUCUCCAGCACGAACACCCCUCCCAUGUACCUGCAGGCCGACCCAGAGCACUUUGACCUCCAGGAUUUAAAAAGCGAGUUUGACGUCAUCCUCCUUGAGCCUCCUUUAGAGGAAUACUACAGAGAAUCAGGCAUUAGCCACACAGAGCGCUUCUGGACCUGGGAUGAUAUCAUGAAGUUGGAGAUUGAGGAGAUCUCUGCCCUCCGUUCUUUCGUCUUCCUCUGGUGUGGCUCAGGUGAAGGCCUGGACUUAGGAAGAAUGUGUUUAAGGAAAUGGGGCUUCAGGCGCUGUGAAGAUAUCUGCUGGAUCAAGACCAACAAAAAUAACCCAGGAAAGACCAAGGCUCUGGAUCCAAAAGCUGUGUUUCAGAGAACCAAGGAGCACUGCCUGAUGGGAAUCAAAGGAACAGUGCGGAGAAGCACGGACGGCGACUUCAUCCAUGCCAACGUGGACAUUGACUUGAUCAUUACGGAGGAGCCCGAGAUGGGCAACGUGGAGAAGCCCGUGGAGAUCUUCCACAUCAUUGAACACUUUUGUUUGGGCCGCAGGAGGCUGCACCUUUUUGGACGAGACUCUACCAUCAGACCAGGCUGGCUGACCGUUGGCCCUACACUGACCAACAGUAACUUCAACCCAGAGACCUAUGCUGCACAUUUUGCUUUGCCCGACUCCCACCUGUCCGGCUGCACCGAGGAAAUAGAGCGACUGCGACCCAAGUCGCCGCCUGCUAAGAUGAAAUCGGAGCGUGGUGGCGGGCCGGCUAGAGGGGGGCGGGGCGGUCCAAACGUCGGAAGAGGUGGAGAGAGAGGCCGCGAAAGAAACAGACCAAAUUUCCGUGGGGACAGGGGCGGCUUCCGGGGACGGGGAGGACCACAUCGAGGAUUUCCCCCUCGCUAGCACGACAUUGGUCACCAGACUUGUUUGAAGUUGAUGCGUAAAGCGUCAGGUACAUGUGUACAAAUGUUGUCAGUGCAGUGACAGUCUAUAGUUGCGGUUGCCUCGGUAAGGAGACAUCUACUCUAACUGACGUCUUGCUUCUUCACUCUGUGGAUACUUUACUCAAGUGUUUGGCCCCCAGCAAUAUUGUUUUACCAUCAAUCUAGAGUCCUGUUUAUUCAGGAAUGUCUACUGUACUGUAAUCACAACAUGUGGCUCCACUGAAUUAUUUUCUAUUUGCACGGUAUUUUUUUUAUCCAUCUCACAAAGAGACUCCUUUUUUUAAAGGCAAGAUGUGUUCAAUUCUUAAAAGCUGAUGUCAGAAUAACAUGUAAAUGGUGCAAAGUAAACAACACAGAGGUCCUUCCACUUUUUAUGUUGGUGUGGUUAGCAACAUUUUUUUAUUUUUAUCUUUGUUUAUUUUUUGUGUCCAAAUAAACCUUUUCUCAAUUUGUA